UCUGAAUUCGGAUACUGCGGAGGAAAGCGUGGAAAGCUGUCAUUUAGAUGUUGAUAUGUAAAGCAAAAUGGCAAAAAUCAACACCCAGCACUCCUACCCUGGUAUGCACAGACUGUCUGUCAGAACUACUGAUGAAGAUAUUGAAAGGAUUGAAAAUGGCUGUAUCAGAACCCAUUCACUGUGUGAGGAUGCGUCUUCAGAACUGCAGAGAGUGAUUUCUGUGGAGGGAAGACAUGUAUCUGAAUCCCAGACAAGCUCAUUCACAGGCAGGGGAGCAAUAGCAAGGCUAUCACGAUUUGUCAUAUCUGUGAGGUCAUGGGCCACAAGACAUUUGCACCAUGAAGACCAAAGACCUGAUUCUUUCCUAGAACGUAUCCGAGGGCCAGAGCUCAUAGAGGUGUCCAGUAGGCAAAGUAACAUCCGCUCCUUUCUGGGUAUCCGUGAGCGGCCUGGGGGAGUAAACAGUGACUGGCCCUUGGCCAGGUUUAAUGUCAACUAUAGCAACAACACCAACGAAGACAAAAAGGAAGAAAAGAAGGAGGUUAAAGAGGAGAAAAAAGAGGAGAAAAAAGAGGAAAAGAAAGAGGAAAAGAAGGAGGAAAAGAAAGAGGAAAAGAAAGAUGACAAAAAAGAUGAUAAAAAAAAAGAAGAGAAGAAAAAAGAGAUCUUUGUGAUAGAUCCUUCCAGCAAUAUUUACUACAACUGGCUGACCAUAAUUGCAGCACCUGUGUUCUAUAACUGGUGUAUGCUAGUGUGCAGAGCCUGCUUUGAUGAGCUACAAGUUGACCAUAUUAAAUUAUGGCUGUUCUUGGAUUAUGUCUCUGAUAUCAUCUACAUUCUUGACAUGUUUGUCAGAUUCAGAACAGGCUUCCUUGAACAAGGCUUGCUAGUUCAGGAUGAAAAGAAAUUACGAGAGCAUUAUACCGAAACUAUGCAGUUCAAACUGGAUGUGCUGUCUCUUCUGCCAACAGACCUGGCAUAUUUGAAGCUUGGUUUGAACUACCCUGAACUGCGAUUUAACCGCUUGCUGAGGAUUUCUCGUCUGUUUGAGUUUUUUGACCGUACUGAAACCAGGACAAAUUAUCCAAACAUGUUUCGUAUUGGAAAUCUUGUCUUAUACAUUCUUAUCAUCAUCCACUGGAACGCGUGUAUAUACUUUGCGAUUUCGAAGCUCAUCGGAUUUGGAACCGACUCUUGGGUCUACCCCAAUGUGUCCAUUCCAGAGUAUGGGCGCCUGUCUAGAAAGUACAUUUACAGUCUGUACUGGUCAACGCUGACGCUGACAACCAUUGGAGAAACGCCUCCCCCAGUGAAAGAUGAAGAGUAUCUCUUUGUGGUCAUUGACUUCCUGGUGGGUGUGCUGAUCUUCGCUACCAUUGUCGGUAACGUGGGCUCCAUGAUUUCCAACAUGAAUGCCUCCAGGGCAGAGUUCCAGGCCAAAGUGGAUUCCAUUAAACAGUACAUGCAUUUCCGAAAAGUGACUAAGGAUUUGGAAGCCAGGGUUAUUAAGUGGUUUGAUUACCUCUGGACCAAUAAGAAAACAGUGGAUGAGAAGGAAGUUCUCAAAAAUCUGCCUGACAAGUUGAAGGCUGAAAUUGCCAUCAAUGUCCAUUUGGACACACUGAAGAAAGUGCGUAUAUUCCAGGAUUGUGAAGCUGGACUUCUCAUUGAGCUGGUGCUGAAACUGAAACCUACGGUCUUCAGUCCUGGGGACUACAUUUGCAAAAAGGGAGAUAUUGGGAGAGAAAUGUACAUUAUUAAAGAGGGAAAAUUGGCUGUGGUGGCGGAUGAUGGCAUAACCCAAUUUGUAGUCCUAAGCGAUGGCAGCUACUUUGGUGAAAUCAGCAUCCUAAACAUCAAAGGUAGCAAAUCUGGCAACAGGAGGACAGCCAACAUAAGGAGUAUUGGUUAUUCUGAUUUGUUCUGCUUGUCUAAAGAUGACUUAAUGGAAGCCCUCACAGAAUAUCCAGAAGCCAAAAAGGCUCUGGAAGAGAAAGGGCGACAAAUUCUGAUGAAAGACAAUUUAAUAGAUGAGGAAGCAGCAAAAGCAGGAGCUGACCCAAAAGACUUGGAAGAAAAAGUAGAAAGACUUGAAACAGCUCUGGAUACGCUGCAGACUAGGUUUGCGAGGCUCUUGGCAGAAUACACCUCAUCUCAACAAAAGGUGAAGCAGAGACUUGCCAGAGUAGAAACCCGAGUGAAAAAAUAUGGUAGUGGCACCUUAUCAGUUGGAGAAGCAGAGGCUGAAAAACCUGAGGAGGAGAAAAAUCAGUAAUGGAGUAUUUCUAUUUCCUCAUUUAUUGGAGAAGGUUGAAGUAUGUGAAAGCCAUAAAUGUGUGUAAAUAUGUGUGUGCAUACAUAGACAUGAUUGAUUAUUUUUAUAUGAACUCAAGAGAAUGGUUUUUAGCAUUUUUAAAUGAAGCAGUAUUUUCAUGUAAAUAGAACAUUGUCACCUUCUUCUUAGGGGGAGAUUUGGUCUGGCAUUUGGGUACUUUUUUGUACUGGGAGUGGGUUUCUUACAAGUCAUGCUCAGAACAUCUAUUGUGUAUGGUACCUGUAGGUCUUGACACAUUGUCUCUUCCCACGCAUGUUGCAUUAAGAAGGCAUUGUACUUAAAGUAGAAGGGAUUGGGUUUUUUUUAAGGGCUUAAAAAGUAUUUAUAGGGUACAUGCUCUACCUUGCUGCCGUAGUAGCUGAUUAAAUGCAUGGACGCACAUCUGGGCUUCUCAAAAUCUGUGUUCUUUCACAGUGAAGCGUCUGUGCAAACAGUUGGGACUACAGCUAAGCAGCAGCACGUACCUGGCCUAUGUGGUGUAGCCCUGCACGUGUAUGAAAUAAUAGCCGUGCAUCUGGAUGCUUUAGUCUGAUUCUUUCUAAUGAGCUGGGCUCUGCACAAAGGACCAUGCUGACAGAGUAGGAGUGCUCAUUCAUGUCCUUUCUGGCAUGGUCUACGACAGCCUUUGCUGCUCUGC